AUGCGGAUCGAAUGUGUCAAAGUAUGCGCUCCAGCUCAGCUCCAAGAGCUGGUUGAGGGUGGACACAGCGCUCUAGCACGAGUGCGCGGAGUCCGUAUCCAAGUUUUGGCACUCCAACUCGAACAUUGCUUCAUCAAAUGCGAACUGCUUGAAGAGCUGGAAGAUUCAGAACCGAAAGGGAUGAACAGCGAACAUGUUGGCCACCUAGUGGCUGCUCAUGGCGACACGUGCGAAGUCGGGCAUUUCGGAGAGUGCGGUGAGGAAGGCAGUCUAACUGACUCUGUGAUUGUGCCUUCAGCAAAGACUGCAGCAAAAGAGCCUGUCAAGGGCAUAACCAAAGAUCCCUCUCCACCAGCUCACCCAGCUCCACCAGUGCGUCGAAAAGCCAGCGUGGCUGGCAGUCUUUUGGAGCGGAGUUUGUCGUUUGCAGACUGCAACGUCCAUCAAAUUGGAGCGGCAGUUCUGGCCGAAGAUCCAUCUACCAAGUUUGAUGCUCCAUUUUGGUGCACUCUGCUAACUGGAAGCCCAGCAGACGAAUUCCGGUCAUUUCAGAACCGGACUUUGGCUUUCUGGAUUCAGGUCUAUAAUCGCUGGCAGGACUUUGGAAAUUGGAUGCCGGGCAAAGUGCCAGAAUUCCUGGAUGGAGAAGAUCUCCACAAGUUGCUGAAACUGCCGACCAACAAAGUGGUGGACAUCAUCAAGCUGUUCGACCCAGCUGGCCACAAGCGGUUGUCAACAGGAACAGAUGGCAUGAGGAAAUGCAAAGUGAGGAUCUGCGAACUGAUGACAGCAGGUGUAGUGCUCUCCAGGCUGAUUGCCACCAGGCAGAAGCUCAAAUUUGUCCUAGGCCUCUUUGAUGUUGAUGACAACCGAACUUUGGACGAGACAGAGUUUGCCGCAUUUGUGACAGCCUUUAUCUAUGGCCUCGGGGCCGCUUUUGGCCUGCGUCACAAAGAUGACAUUAUGCCAUCGAUGAAGAGCAUCCAGACGGUGGUACAGCGACUUUACAAUCGAUUGGGUGAAAUUGCGGCCAGUCGAUUGAAGGAGCUGUGCAGAGCAAGCACUCUUGACCGUACGGCCCUUGCAGAAGCAAUUAGGCAGCGGACGUCUGGAUCUUCCAGCUCUGCAAGUAACCCAAAGUCGCAGCCACGGCAGAUGGUUCCGUUUGAAACACUGAUCGGUUGGUGUUUCAGAGAGUAUCAGGAUCCUUUAGCGCUUCCAUAUGCCCUAUCCAUCGAGCGCUUUUGUCCGAAAAUGCAGCCACUGGAUGAGGACCCUGAGGCAUUUAUGGAAGAAAGCAGGAAGUUUUACCUCUCGCACCGCGGGCCCGUGGCUGCUCCAAUCGAGAGUGCGGUCACUCAUGACGCGAGCAUGUUGACGCGAAAGGAGGUUGUGAUUGCCCGGGCUAUCUUCCAAUUCUGCAUGGAUCAGGGCACGUUUCAGAUGUCUCAUGCUGAAUUGCAAGCUGGACUAGGGCGAGAUGAUUUGACAGCAGACCUAUGGUACAAGCUUCAUCCAGCAUUGGAGAAGGUGAAUGAUGAAAGAAGUCGAAGCAUCAAGGUGGACAUCUUCACUUUCUUGCGCAAGUUGUGCCCAGGUGUGCAGCCAAUGCAUUUACGCAUGUUUGACGGCUGGCUUCAGCAAUUUGACCAGAUGCAGCACCACCAGAAGUUUGUCGAGGCCGGCGAGCAGUCAGUUUCGGCUCUGUCUCAGAUGAUAGCGCUGCCUGUCAUCCCUGAUAUGGAGUUAACCAAGCUGGAAAGACAAUUUCGGGAAAUUGACGUGGAAGGACAGGGCCUCAUCACGCUGCAGCAGAUCGAGCAGGCUUUGAACCUCGACUGCGAGGUGCUCAAAAAGUAUGAUGUGUCGGAGGAUGGCUUCAUUGACAACCACGAAUUCGUUGCGAUGAUGUGUCCUGACGAGUUUCGCCCGCCGGAAAUGAGCGGAUUUGACCAAGAGGUACUUGGGAGUUUGCUCAUGAGCUGCGUGCAACGUCAUCGUAAGGAUCUCGACGAACAGAAGGCAUUGUACGCUGGAGGGGUGGAGCGAAAGAAUCAGAUGCCAGCUUCCAUGCGGCCAGAGGUGCCAGAAGAGACAUGGGCUGCUUGGAACGCUGUCUUUGACCGGCUCGAUAAUGAUGGCGACAAUGUCAUGUCACCUUCAGAGUUGAGGUCAUCGAUGCUGCUGUCCCAGCGAGUUUGCGACCAACUCAUCGCAUCAGCUGCACGCGUUGAAGGGCACGAGGGGAUACGGAGAAGAGAUUUCUUGCUUGCACUCCUGGACUUUCAUAAAUGGCGCCGACCUGGCUUUGUGAUGAGUGGUAGCUGA